AUGCGGGAUAUGAGGCCAAAGCAACCCCCGCCUCACCAGUCCCUCUGGUAUGUCUAUCAUGAUCGUCUACCUGGAAAGUCUCACCUCCAAAGAUACCGCGAAGGGGGCCCGUUUCCAUUCUUCCAGAGCAGCUUGAUAGACACGUCCGGAUAUUUCACUGUUGGUCAGAACCACCCGGAACUAUUGUUUCACCACCCUCUACUACAUAUUAUGGAAAACCAGAACUUGUAUGAGCAAGAUAUUGACAGCAGCAACGAGUCUUGUUUGUUCAACGAUGAUCUGGCUGUUGGUCCCCAGGCAGUCGGCAUGGGCAUGCAAGACGUUACAAGUCAAACGGCUGCCCAGUCUGUCUCACUUACAAAUUGCGGGAGAGUUGGUCCGAGUCAUCCCCAAUACAGUAACAAAGCGGCUCUGGGAAAUGAGCAGACGCUUUUCCUAGACCACCCCGCAGCAAACGCCUAUACACACGACUCGACUGGGAGUCUCAAUCAGCAGCAGAUUCAGCUCUCUUAUACCCCCAGUAACCCUUGUAACACCAUCCUUGGAGUUGAGUUCCAGCAUCGGCUGCCAUACCCCGGCAUGCCAGGAUUUCCAGAGCCCUAUGAAUAUACCCGUGCCAGUCCAACGACACUAACUAGCAGUUUUUCAUCUUCUAUUGAUUCUUCGAUAGAAUCUGAGAGGAUGGCGUCGAUGAGUCUUAACUCUGCUAGCCUCCAAGGCGGCCUCUCCUCGAUGGAUUUCCAAAGCAAUUAUCAUGUACCCUCCAUGGAGACCCAGGGGGAAAACUGGAUAACAAGUUGUCCUGCUACCAUAUCUCCCAAGAUGUUGCGAAUUAAUCCUUCCCCGACGCCGACAUCUUCCUCUGAAUCAACCCACACAAGCAUACCCACGACAAAUGCUGGUUCAGAUCUCAGGCCAUCUGCAUGGGACCAGGGCGAGGCUUCCAGUUCUCUUCCCACAAAGCAUUCGAACCACAAGCAUCGAAAGGAGCUGCCUACGAAGCCCACCAAGCCCCGACUCAUGACGUCCUCGGUGCCUCGUCAAUCAAGAACAUCUAAGGGAAAGAACAAGGAACAUAUGCAACCGUCGUCGCCGGAGCGGUACAUAGAAGCGGCUGUUCCAAUAAAGGCUGAAAGCCAUCGAGAAGUAGAAGCUGAUAAGACAGUGGAGAUGAUGCACCCCAUCUCCACUGAUGCUGAACGCGAUGCCAAAAACCGUUUCCUAGUGGACUCCAAGCUUGCGGGUAUGACAUAUCGUGAGAUUCGCGUUCAAGGUGGGUUCACUGAGGCCGAAUCAACUCUACGCGGACGUUUUCGGACCUUGACCAAGAACAAGGAGCAACGCGUGAGAAAGCCAGAAUGGCAGGACAAGGAUAUUAAAUUACUGAAGAGAGCUGUCCGGAAGCUUGCCAAAGGUGACAAGAGCUCGGCGAGAGUGCCGUGGAAGCAAGUCGCAGCAUACAUUUACGAACAUGACGGCUCUUACCAUUUCGGCAAUGCGACAUGUCGGAAGAAGUGGGAUGAGCUUGUUGAGCAGGAGGCUGAAGGAAUCUGA